GGUGAUUAUGAAAUAUAUUUUCUCCUUCUGGAAAUUUUCUCUUUUUUUUUUUUUUUUUUUUUUUUUUUACAUCUAACCGAAUUUAUCAUAAAAGAAAAGCACAUAUUACUUUCUUGACCAAAACUCAAACAUAAGAGAGAUUUAUUUGUCAAGGCCCACCAUAACUUCCUAAUCAAAUUUCUGUUUUCCCUCUCUCUCUAGCUGAUCAUUGACUAUAACUUGUAGGGUUUGUUGUGUGAGCAAUUGGGUUGAUGUCAUAGUUCAUCAUUUGACUAAAAGAAUUGAAAAUGGGGUUCUUUCUAUGUUUCUUAUUUGGCAUGACCUUGAGUAUUUGGUUGAUGAUUUGUUUUGCUCGUUUACAGAGAAUUCGAUCUGAAAGUCGGUCUCAUUUGGCAACAACGGUGGCAUCGUUUGCAAGCAUGACAGUUAAUGAUUUUAAAAAAAUUCUUCCAAUUGGUUGCUACCCUCCUUGGGUAGUCUUUUUGGAACAACAGCAGUUAAAAUGGCUUAACGUCCAACUAGAAAAAAUCUGGCGUUAUGUAGAUGAGGCAGCAUCAGAGCUAAUACGAACCCAUGGUGAGCCAAUUCUUGAGCAAUAUAAAUCAGCUAUGUUAUCUUCUCUCAAGUUUUCGAAGGUGACUCUUGGUACUGUGCCUCCACAAAUUACAGGAGUUUCUGUUAUUGAAGCGGGCAGGGAGGGGAUCACCAUGGACUUGGAGUUGCAGUGGGAUGGAGACACUAGUAUCAAACUUGAUGUUGAAACCAUAGUUGGUGUGGUACUACCUAUUAAGGUCAAAAACAUUCGAUUCACAGGGGUCUUCAGGUUAAUCUUCAAACCACUAGUUGAAGAGUUUCCUUGUUUUGGAGCUGUUUGUUAUUCCUUGAAAGAAAAGAAAAAUCUGGAUUUUAAUAUCAAGGUUGUUGGUCGUGAUAUAUCAAAAAUUCCAAAAUUUUCUGAUGCUAUUGAGGAAACGAUACGACAAGCUGUUGAAGAUCCUAUUACGUGGCCACUUCGGCAAAUUAUACCCAUAAUACCAGGGGAUUAUAGUGACCUAAAAUUGAAGCCUGUUGGAACAUUAAACGUGAAGCUUGUACAAGCCAAGGGCUUGUUAAAUAAAGACAUUAUUGGAAAAUCUGAUCCUUGUGCUGUGUUAUUUAUACGUCCCCUGCCUGACAGAAUUAAAACAAGCAAAACGAUUAACAACUCACUAAAUCCAAUCUGGAAUGAGCACUUUGAGUUCAUAGUUGAAGAUGCAUCUACUCAACACUUGACAAUAAGAGUUCUUGAUUCUGAAGCGAUUCAAUCUUCUGAACUCAUUGGUCGUGCUAUGGUGUCACUGAAAGACCUUGAGCCUUGUAAGGUGAUAGACAAGUGGUUCAAACUGGUCAAGGAUUCGGAGUUCCAUAUCGAUAAAAAAAAAAGGGGUCAGGUGCACUUGGAGCUUUUAUAUUGUCCAUUUGGCAUGGAGAGAAGCUUUAAAAAUCCUUUUGACCUCAUCUACUCGUUAACUAUAAUGGAAAAGGUCCUUAAAAAACGAAUCGAUGGAACUAAAGAUGCUGGUAUUUCAGAAUCUGAAAAACAGAAGAGGAGAAAUGUCAUCUGCAGAGGGGUCUUUUCUGUGACAGUAAUACGUGCUGAAGACUUGCCAGCUGUGGAUCGGAAGGGGAAGUCUGAUCCCUAUGUUGUACUUAAAAUGAAGAAAUCGGAACAGAAAAACAGGACUAGGGUUGUAAAUAACAGCUUAAAUCCAGUUUGGGAUCAAACAUUUGAUUUUGUUGUUGAGGAUGGGUUACAUGAUCUUCUAAUUUUGGAAGUCCGGGAUUAUGGCACUCUUGGGAAGGAAAUGAUAGGAAAAUGCAGCAUGACACUCACCAGGGUAUUAGAAGGGGAGUUCACAGACAACAUUGCCCUACAUGGAGCUAAAUCAGGAAUGCUGCAUUUGCAUCUCAAGUGGACUCCACUGCCGAUCUUCGGGGAUCACUGAUUAACUGAAAACAACACAGCAAAUCUGCCGUAUUUUAGGUUCUAUAUUUAAUUUUUUCUGCAUUUUCUACAUCAUCAUGGAACAAAAUUUCACACAAGAAGAAGAAAAAGUGCUUGAACUGGGCUCAGGUGUGGUUGUUUAUGUCUAUAACAGUUAAGAGGGCAAAUUCAUAAAUUUCAUAUAUGCUGUUGUAAAUAGUGUUGUUUGGAGACAUUAAGAUACCUCAUUUGUUUUUUGUUGAUAAAAAUAUCAAUACAUUCUUUGUGAUAACUCUGUUGUUUAAAACUGUAUAUACAAAUGCUUUGGCUUCCAAUAUGUAAGUAACAAAAUUUUCAUUGUUUUGGAAAUGUUAAAUUUCUAUUGGAAUCAACAUAGCAGGUAGGGUAAUAUUGAAAAUUAAUUUAUUGCUAGAUAGAAUUUCUAUUUUUGUUGGGUAUUUUUCAUCAAGACCAUGUAUUACCCUGACAAAAUUCAGGUUGAAGCUUGUCGUCACUUGGUUGAUAUGGAGAAGUUCUACAAUAUUUCAGAGUACCGUACUUCACGUUUUGAGCCGUUGGUCAUUCGUCAAGUUAGAAGAUCGUUGGGAGACUUGGAGAUACGAUUUUCGAAUAGAGAAGACCAUUGUAUUUUGGAGGUCAGUGUCAUGGAGGCUAAUUUGUCUCCAUUCAAGUUCUUUAUUUGAUUGGUUUAUCAUUAUUUUAUUGUUUUGAUAUGCAUGUUUAAUUAAAUAUCUGAGUUGAAUAUGUAAAUA